AUGGAUUCAAACCCGGCAACUGAAAUUGAUCAAACGUCAGAAAGUCAACAUCCCAACAUCAUGGGUACGUUUAAAAUAGUGCAGACCGUUGAAGAAGGUCAAAAACAGCUCACCAUAGUUCCGUCGUCAUGGAUACAUAAUAACCAGCUCUCAUGGCCAAUAACUGGUGCUGAUGAGCUGAUACGAAAUCCCUAUUCUAUGCCCGAAGCCAGUUGGUUUACUAUAGCGUGUCAACUCAAACGAAGCCAUUUGAUGACCUACGAAAUUGCUGAAGAAGAACUAAAACGAAUGCUGGAAAUGGACGCAGAACAAGAAGAGGUUAUCAAUUCUAUACAACCAAAAAAGCAACGCAGGCUGAUACUUCGAAGGGCGAAACCUAGCCAAAAUGAUUUAAAUACUUCACCACAAGAAUGUUUGGAGGCUUCCUUACUGCGUCCUGUGGCUAAGGUCUCGGAGGAAUUUCCGCAUAUUGUCACCGAAGUCAAUGUUCCAUCUACAUCCUCACUAGAUCUCCAAGUGAAUAAUAAAAUUGACAAAAUGCUUCAAAAUCAAGAUAUUGUAAUUGAAAAUCAGCAAGAUAUUAUAUAUAAUUUAAGACACUCAGCUGAACGAGAAACGCAAUUGAAAAUUCUUCAAAAACUUGCUAAAUUGGAGGUUAUUUUAAAUAGUGUGGCUAAUAGCUCAAAUAAUAGUACUUCCUGUUCAUGCAAAAAUGCAAAUGGAGAUGCUUCAUCAACAAAUAAAGAUGAUUUUUUCUUUGAUCCGAUCGACACUUUAGCUGAUUUAGAGAAACUUGAAAUGAAACUCACAAAUAAAACUUGUAUGGAAGAGUAUGUACAAAAGUUCAGUUAUGUGUGUGGAAGGAAAGGAUCUGGAAACGGCAUAACCAAUUGCUACAUAUUGGUCGACAAAAUUUUUUCUCGAAAAUUUAUGACGUUUUGUUCUUGGGCUGGAGGUGCCAGAGAUGGCAAAGAAAAAAUUCCGUUUAAAAUAUUCAAAAAUAUUAUUGGCUUAUUCUUCAGAGUGGUAAAUCUAUCUGAUGAUGAUUUUACCUUGAAAAAUUGUGAAGAUUUUUUCAAAGCUGUGAUUAGAAAUUCAACAAAACGAAGCGAGAGUAGUUUAGCUAGGAGUUCAAGAACUAAACGAAGACCUACUAGUCUCACAUAUAAAGCUCAGAAAGAAACAAAGGAAACUAAAGAUUUUAGUAAUGAUCCUGUGGGUAAAACAGAGAUUGCAGACAGUCAUAAGGAAGGAAAUGUAGGCAGAAAUAUCAAUAUGUCCGAUAAUCUGGAUUUUCUGCCAAAGACUAGUAGUGAAAGAGUGGUGGAAGAAAAGUAAUAAUACAUAGUAGUGAAGGAGUAGUGGAAAUAAAAUAAUAAUACAUCUCAUGUUUUGGUUAGUUCAUUUUAAUUUCAAGAGAGUUGGUUUUUAAUUUUGAACUGAGCAUUCAGUUUGUUAUACAAAAUAUGAAUACUUCAUACAUUUCAUGUUUUGGUUAGUUCAUUUUUAUUUUGAAAGAAUUGGUUUUCAAUUUCAAACUGAGCAUUCAAUCCGUUAUACAAAAUGAGAAUAUUUAUUUUUUAUUUAUGUUUAUUGAAGAGUAUGUAAUAGAGGAAUAAAAAAUCUUUCAGCUUUA